CGCCGCCGCCGCCGCCGCCGCCGCUCCGCUGCCCGCGCCGCCCGCGGCUCCCGAUGGAGACUGACGCGCCCCAGCCCGGCCUCGCCUCCCCGGACUCGCCGCACGACCCCUGCAAGAUGUUCAUCGGAGGACUCAGUUGGCAGACCACGCAGGAAGGGCUGCGCGAAUACUUCGGCCAGUUCGGGGAGGUGAAGGAGUGUCUGGUGAUGCGGGACCCCCUGACCAAAAGAUCCAGGGGUUUCGGCUUCGUCACUUUCAUGGACCAGGCGGGGGUGGAUAAAGUGCUGGCGCAAUCGCGGCACGAACUGGACUCCAAAACCAUUGAUCCCAAGGUGGCCUUUCCUCGGAGAGCACAGCCUAAGAUGGUCACUCGAACGAAGAAGAUCUUUGUAGGGGGGCUGUCGGUGAACACCACAGUAGAGGAUGUGAAGCAAUAUUUUGAGCAGUUUGGAAAGGUGGAUGAUGCCAUGCUGAUGUUUGACAAAACUACCAACAGACACAGAGGGUUUGGGUUUGUCACGUUCGAGAGUGAGGACAUCGUAGAGAAAGUGUGUGAGAUCCACUUCCACGAAAUCAACAACAAAAUGGUGGAGUGCAAGAAAGCUCAGCCAAAGGAGGUGAUGUCCCCGACCGGCUCGGCCCGGGGCAGGUCUCGAGUCAUGCCCUACGGAAUGGACGCCUUCAUGCUGGGCAUCGGCAUGCUGGGUUACCCAGGUUUCCAAGCCACGACCUACGCCAGCCGGAGUUACACAGGCCUUGCCCCUGGCUACACCUACCAGUUCCCUGAAUUCCGUGUAGAGCGGACCCCUCUCCCGAGCGCCCCAGUCCUCCCCGAGCUUACAGCUAUUCCUCUCACCGCUUAUGGUCCGAUGGCGGCGGCGGCGGCGGCAGCGGCUGUAGUCCGAGGGACAGGCUCUCACCCCUGGACGAUGGCUCCUCCUCCAGGUUCUACUCCCAGCCGCACAGGGGGCUUCCUGGGGACCACGAGCCCCGGCCCCAUGGCCGAGCUCUACGGGGCGGCCAACCAGGACUCCGGGGUCAGCAGUUACAUCAGCGCCGCCAGCCCCGCCCCCAGCACUGGUUUCGGUCACAGUCUUGGGGGUCCCUUGAUUGCCACAGCCUUCACCAAUGGGUACCACUGAAGCAGGGGAGAGGUGGCAGGAGCGCCCCAGCCUGCAGCUGACUGAGGACCAGAGUGAGCCAGCAAGGGGAUGGGGACACCUCAGCCGCAGCAGCCCAGCCCCUCCGCUGCAACUCGGACCGACCGCUACUGCCUGUCCCCAGCCCCUGGGCCCAGCCCCUGCUCUGCUGUCCCCACACAUCUGGUUCCCCUACUAACCCCCCCUUUCUGACCUUGCCCCCUCCCCUCACCCACCUCUCCCUGUUCGCUUUUAUUUAUUUUGGAUUAGCCGGUUGCCCCCCCCCCCCGCCCCCACCCCCACCAGAUUUCCCCACUGGGGUCUGCCCCGUCCUUCCCUGCUGCCCCGUUUAGAACACCCCCAAGAAGGCUUUUGUAUUGUGGCUAGCUAGAGUGGGGACAGAGGGAGGCGGCCACAGGCUGCAGCCCCAACCCUGGUUUUUUUAUUCUGGCUUUUCCCUCUUUUGCUCUUUACAUUUUUUUUUUUAAAGGAACUGUUUUUAAACUAUUUCUAGGUUUGUGAAUGUGAAGCCCCAGGCCGCAGGGGGCAUGGGGCCAGGUGCCCCCCCCACCAGCUGAGAACAAAGUGUCUAUGGGUGUGGUCUCCUGGCCACCUCCCUCCAAUCCUGGAGAGGAGGGCAGAGGGCAGGGCGGCGGGGAGGCCAGGCCGAGCCCCUGGAACCAUCCCGUCCUGUAUCAUAUGUAAAUACUGUGAGGUGAAGUCCUAUCCCCACCCACCCCUCUCUAAGGCCCCUUGGGGUGUGGGCAUUGCCUGACCCCACAGGGCAAAGUUCUCCCCUUCUCCCCUCCCUGUGCCCUCCUCCUCAGACUUACGUAAGCUUACAGACCUCAGCUCUGGCCACGGCAGGCCCACACUCUCAGGCCUCCUGGGUUCAAGGCCUUGGGCCUACUCUCCCCUAAAACCCAGUGUGGGGGGCAAGGGGCCAGGGAAGAGGAGGGCUGCCUAGAGCCCCUGCUGGGAAGGAAUUAGCUCUCCAAAGGUCUCCUGGCCGCUGCUUAGGCGGGACCCUCAUGGUUUCUGCUCUGAGCCCUCCACCAUGGGUGGGCAUCAGGGGCACUUCAGUAAGGAGUAGAUGCUAGGGAAAGCAAAGGGCUUCUCAGGGAACCCCCACAUUCUCACUGCAGUUUCCCACCAGGAUAGUCCCGCAACCAGAGCCCUUGGUAGCCCCUUCCCCUGGAACCCCUUUCAGAGAAAAGAGACAGGGCCAGGGUGUGAACGUGGAGUGAGACCUGGCUGAUGCGGCAGGGCUGAGGCCUACCUGCUGUUAUCCCCUCUCUGUGUCCUUCCCCACCCAAGUCUGAGGCUGGGGGCUUAAGCUCCCUCCCCCAGCAGAGCCCCCAACCCUCAAAACCCCUUCUGGAGAGUUAAUUGUCCGUGUGAGGCGCUCACUCAACCCAUUAGCCCUGAGAACUCAAAGCAAUAAUCUUCGUCACCAAGAUGCGCGGCUGUUUUCGGUUUUUUGGGUUUUUUUUGUUUUUGUUUUUGUUUUUGUUAAAUAUUUCCUAAUAAAAGAGAAGCUGCAUUUUACUGGUUUUUUAUUUUUAAUUUUCUACGCAUCUGAGCUGAGCCCCAGGAGACUUAGCCCCCCCGCCCCACCCCCGCCCCCGCCCCCGUCCCUGGACCCGCUUACCCCACUGGGCCUAACUGUGGGUUCAGGGACCUGGGAUUCCAUUUUCUGAUUUGUUUGAGGAAAAAAAAAUUAUUAUUUUUUUUUAAAGAUGUUACAUGGUGUUUUUGAAGCCAGCAAAUUCCACCCUCGGUGUCUCUCCACAUCUGUAACUUCUUUUUCCAGGUCUUUGUUUUGAAUUCCUAAUAAAUUAUUUGAAAACGGU